CUUUGUGGCCGUGAUCCCACAUUGACAGAUGAACUGAUGGCCAUCUUGACUGAACUCACCCAGCUCAGCAAGACAACCAAUGCCAAGGUGGCGCUGCGUGCCCGGCAGGUAUUGAUAGCUUCCCACCUCCCCUCGUAUGAGCUACGACACAACCAGGUGGAGUCCAUCUUCCUCUCUGCCAUUGAUAUGUACGGACACCAAUUCUGCAUUGAGAACCUGCAGAAACUGAUUCUUUCAGAAACUUCCAUCUUUGACGUUCUGCCCAACUUCUUCUACCACAGUAAUCAGGUAGUCAGGAUGGCUGCCCUUGAGGUGUAUGUUCGCAGAGCAUACAUUGCCUAUGAGCUCAACAGUGUUCAGCACCGACAGCUGAGGGACAACACAUGUAUAGUAGAGUUCCAGUUCAUGCUUCCCACCUCGCACCCGAACAGAGGGAACAUCCCCACUCUAAACAGGAAAAUGUCUACUCCAAUCCUGGACAUUGUAAAAGCCACGGACACUAAAUUACAGGCAACUAAAACCCAGGACCUUAAAGCACAAGAUAGUAAAUCUAAGGAUGAUUCUGCUGAGAAGAAAAAUGCCUCAGAUUCGGAUUCUGUGGACAGGAUGUCAUUCUCAUCCAACCUAAAUCACUAUGGCAUGGUGCACGUAGCCAGCGUCAGUGAUGUUCUGCUCGACACAUCUUUUACACCACCUUGUCAGCGCAUGGGAGCCAUGGUCGCUUUCCGGUCCUUCCAGGAGUUCACCAGGAACAUAUCGGACAUGUUGAGCUGCUUCUCUGACUCUCCUCCCCCAAGUCCAACCUUCCCAGAGGGAGGUAAUCCUGUCCUGUAUGGCGAAGAGGACAAUAAGAGUGUCCAGGAUGAGCCUAUCCAUAUCCUGAAUGUGGCCAUCAAGACUGACAGCGACAUUGAUGACGAUGGCCUGGCAGCCAACUUCCGAGAGUUCACUCAGUCAAAGAAAUCUCUGCUGUUUGAACAUGGCAUCCGUAGGUUGACUUUCCUUGUGGCUCAGAAGGAUUUCAGGAAGCAAGUCAACUGUGAGGUGGACCAAAGGUUUCAUAGAGAAUUCCCCAAAUUUUUCACAUUCCGUGCCAGAGACAAGUUUGAGGAGGACAGGAUCUAUCGUCAUUUGGAGCCUGCACUAGCUUUCCAGUUGGAGCUCAACCGCAUGCGCAAUUUUGCCCUAACUGCCAUCCCGUGUGCCAACCACAAGAUGCACCUGUACCUGGGUGCAGCCCGUGUGGAGGUGGGCACCGAGGUGACGGACUACCGUUUCUUUGUGCGAGCCAUUAUCCGUCACUCUGAUCUGGUCACAAAGGAGGCAUCUUUUGAAUACCUUCACAAUGAGGCAGAGCGUCUGCUGCUGGAAGCCAUGGAUGAACUGGAGGUGGCUUUCAAUAACACGACUGUACGAACUGACUGUAACCACAUAUUCCUCAACUUUGUCCCCACAGUCAUCAUGGACCCAUCAAAGAUUGAGGAGUCUGUGCGCUCCAUGGUGAUGCGUUACGGCAGCCGCCUGUGGAAGCUGCGCGUCCUGCAGGCUGAACUGAAAAUAAACAUCCGCCUGACUCCAACAGGAAAGCAAAUCCCCAUCCGCCUCUUCCUCACCAAUGAGUCAGGCUACUACCUGGACAUCAGCCUGUACAAGGAGGUCACUGAUUCCCGAACGGGACAGAUCAUGUUCCAAGCAUAUGGAGACAAGCAGGGUCCAUUGCAUGGCAUGCUCAUCAACACCCCCUAUGUGACCAAAGACCUACUGCAGUCUAAGCGCUUCCAGGCACAGUCUCUGGGCACGACCUAUGUCUAUGACUUUCCAGAAAUGUUCAGACAGGCUCUGAAAAAGCUGUGGCACUCUAGCCAAGCCUAUGCCCACUUACCCAAAUGCCCUCUUCCUUCUGAGCUGCUCACCUUCACAGAGCUGGUCCUUGACGCCCAAGGCCAGCUGGUGCAGAUGAACCGACUGCCAGGGGGCAAUGAGAUUGGUAUGGUGGCAUGGCGGAUGACCCUGCGUACACCAGAAUAUCCAGCUGGACGUGAGAUUAUCGUCAUAAGUAAUGACAUCACACACAAGAUAGGCUCUUUUGGGCCCCAGGAGGACGUGUUGUUCCUGCGAGCCUCAGAGAUGGCACGAGAGAGCGGCAUCCCUCGAAUCUACAUCGCAGCCAACAGUGGCGCCCGUAUCGGGCUGGCAGAGGAAAUCAGACACAUGUUCCACGUGGCCUGGCAAGAUCCAGCUGACCCCUAUAAGGGUUUCAAGUAUCUCUACCUCACGCCUCAGGAUUACAAGAAAGUGUCAGCCCUGAACUCUGUGCAUUGCGAACAUGUGGAGGAUGAGGGAGAAUCCAGGUACAAGAUCACAGACAUCAUAGGAAAAGAUGAAGGGCUGGGUGUGGAGAAUCUGAAAGGGUCUGGAAUGAUUGCUGGAGAAUCCUCUCUGGCUUAUGACGAGAUCAUCACCAUGAACCUGGUCACAUGCAGAGCGAUAGGGAUCGGUGCCUAUCUGGUGAGGCUUGGACAGAGAACCAUUCAAGUGGACAACUCUCACAUUAUCCUUACUGGUGCUGGAGCACUCAACAAGGUGCUGGGCAGAGAAGUGUACACAUCAAACAACCAACUUGGUGGAAUUCAAAUCAUGCACAACAAUGGUGUGACCCACUGCACUGUUUGUGAUGACUUUGAGGGAGUCUUCACGCUUCUGCAGUGGCUGUCCUACAUGCCCAUGUGUAAAUCUAGUCCAGUGCCCAUCCUCAAUGCCAAGGAUCCCAUAGAUCGGCUAGUGGAGUUUUUGCCUACGAAGGCUCCUUAUGACCCCCGCUGGAUGUUAGCAGGACGUCCCAGCCAGACUCCAAAAGGUUCCUGGCAGAGUGGCUUCUUUGACCAUGGCUCUUUCAUGGAGAUCAUGCAGCCAUGGGCUCAGAGUGUGGUGGUAGGCAGAGCCAGACUGGGUGGGAUACCUACUGGGGUGGUUGCCGUAGAAACCAGGUCAGUGGAGCUGUCAAUUCCAGCCGAUCCAGCCAAUCUGGACUCAGAGGCCAAGAUCAUCCAGCAGGCAGGGCAGGUGUGGUUCCCAGAUUCUGCUUUCAAAACAGCCCAGGCCAUUAAGGACCUGAACAGAGAGGGCCUGCCUCUCAUGGUGUUUGCCAACUGGAGGGGCUUUUCUGGAGGAAUGAAAGAUAUGUAUGACCAGGUGUUGAAGUUUGGGGCCUACAUUGUGGACGGGCUCAGGGAGUAUAAGCAGCCGGUGCUGGUUUAUAUCCCCCCCCAGGCUGAGCUGAGAGGAGGAUCCUGGGUGGUUAUAGAUCCCACCAUCAACCCUCGUCACAUGGAGAUGUACGCUGACAAGGACAGCCGAGGUGGUGUGUUGGAGGCUGAGGGAACAGUGGAGAUCAAGUUUAGGAAGAAGGACCUGGUGAAGACUAUGAGAAGAGUAGAUCCGGUCUACAUGAGCUUGGCUGAAAGACUGGGAACCCCAGAGCUUAGUCCCCCUGAUCGCAAAGAGCUGGAGACCAAGCUGAAGGAGCGUGAGGAGUUUCUCCUGCCUAUUUACCACCAGGUGGCUGUGCAAUUUGCAGACCUCCACGACACCCCAGGUCGCAUGCAAGAGAAGGGCGUAAUAACGGAUAUCCUUGAAUGGCAAACGUCCCGUCAGUUCUUUUACUGGCGUCUGCGGCGUCUGCUGCUGGAGGAGACGGUGAAGAGGAAGAUCCAAGCGGCCAACAGCGAGCUGACUGACGGCCAGGUCCAGGCAAUGCUGCGCCGCUGGUUUGUGGAGGCCGAGGGUGCUGUCAAGGCCUAUCUGUGGGAUAACAAUGAAGAGCUGGUGGCAUGGCUGGAGAGGCAACUGGCUGAAGAAGAGGGCGCAAGGUCUGUCAUUGACGAGAACAUCAAAUACAUCCGCCGAGAUCACAUUCUCAAGCAAAUACGCAGCCUUGUUCAAGCCAAUCCAGAGGUUGCCAUGGAUUCUAUUGUGCACAUGACCCAGCACAUCUCACCCACACAGAGGACCGAGGUGGUCCGUAUCCUGUCCACUAUGGAGACGUCGGCAUCCUCCUAGUGGGCGCCUGGCCUCUCCUCCAGGCCUGGCUGAGGCACAGCUCAGGCCACAACCACAGCCAAAAGGAGCCUGGCUCAGCAACACCUGCUCCUGCCUGAGACCUGGGCUGGAAACUGAGGCUGGAGGAGCCAACGUGAGGGUCCUUGGCAGCUGCCAGGUUACUGAUGAAUCGUUGGUAAUGAUUCUCACUAAGCAAGAGUUCAGAUGACUGACAUCAAUUAUAGCAUUUUGUAAAUUGUCUUAUAUGCUAGUGUUUAGAUCCAUCCAUGUAUUUUGAAUUUAAGUGCAUUUGGAAAAAAGACUUCAGAAAUAUUUAGUGAAUAAUAUGUGAUAAGAUGUUUGGAGUUUACACAGUUGGCCUAAGUGGAUGUUUAUUCUUCCAUGAUGAUCAGUGGCCUCCAUUCUUUUGAACUGCUGUGUGCACAACAGUACAUUUAGAAUGUUGCUGUCAUAUUAAAAUACACCUUGGUUUGUGACAUAUGCUUGUUAAGAUAUGCAAGUGUUUUGAUGACCAACUCGAAAAUGACAACGCAUUGCUGGGGGCAUUUGCGAGAAAGGGGGUUUUACACUCCCAAGUAGGGAGCACUUAGUUACUGAAUAAAGACGGGGAACACUUUGGACAGGAGAGCCCAGCAGGGAGCAGGGACAAGGUCCCUUUUAGACCCCAACUGUUUCACAGUUACCCUGCAGUGAGCAAUGGGCAGCUCGCCUCACAACAAAACCACAGCUGUCCCUUCUGUUCUCACUCACACAGUACGCACAUGCUGCUUAAGAUGCACUUUACUGUUCCCUCACAUUGCACCCAGAGUCAAACCUGCACACUGUUGCAUUGCGCAUACAAACAUACACACACUACAUGCACAAAGUGAUACAAACAGUAAUCCACACAGAGAUGAUAAUAGCUGAAAUGAGAAUUGAUAAUGGUACUACACACAGAGAGGAUAAUAGCACACUUGUUUAGAAAAAUAGUCUUUUCUCCCUUGGGUUACUUUUUUUUGACAACUAUUGUGUUUGCUCCUUAAACAAAUCAUUCAAAGUUGAGGGUUUUUUAAUGUGUUUUUUUUUAACAAAAGGAAUAUUUUGGAAUUUACAAGAAUUACAUGGCUAAAUCAUUAAAUGUCUGUUUGAUAGAACAAAUGCUACUGUCACUUCUCUUACAUGUUACAUGUCAGAUAUGGUGUCUAAUUUUAACUGUAAUCCACAUUAACUGUUAUAUUUAAAGUUUGUCCUUUAUGUAUAUGAAAUGUUCUUUACUUUUAAUAUAAGUUUUUGAAAACACUGUUUGAAUCGCUUCUCUACUUGUGUGGGGGGUUUUUGUUUUGUUUUUUUAGAAUAGAGUACAUAAUAACAAAACGGCACCGUAAUGUUGAAUUUAGUCUUAUACAUGGUGUCAUGCUCUGCUGAAAAUGCAACGUUCGCAAUGUAAAAUGGCUUCAUGGUCCGUGCUGUGCCUUUUAUGUGCCUGUAUCAACAUGUAGUCCAGUUGCUUUAUAAGUAACUUGUUUCCUACACAAGGAUGGAGAAGAAUUCACAGUGAUGAGCUCUAAAUGUGUCUGUAAAUUUAAUAAAGCUUACCCAACUUA